AGGAAGCGUGGGGCCACGCCAAAUCCUGAUCUGCCCUAUGACCCAGUCGUGGGUUCCAUUUCUGACAUUACUCCAUUCAACCUUUCGUGCAGGGCCCAAUAAGAGAUUUCCAAUUUAUGCCGCUGCAGCCUUUGAACUAUGGGCUGUCCGGCGGAUCGCUUCAUUUCGCACUCGUCCCAGCUGGGAUGUAUCUUGCAUCCUGGACCAGGGUCACAACUUUAUUAACGCAAUCAAGCCAAUGAUGUGCAAGCUAGGCCCUGAUCAUUUCUGAUGGACCAGAUCCAAUAAAUCCUUUAUCUAGCAGGGGAGCUCUCAUUUUCCCUCUUUUUCUUUGGUCGGUUCUCUUUGAGCUCUGCUACUUGUCGCGUUUCCUCUGUCAAUACUUCGUGUGCUACUAUCCCCGGCAAAUAUCCUAUCUUAUGCCCUUUGAACGUGCUUCAAU